AUGAACGGAGAUAAAAACACGUCGCAGAAGAAACUGCGGCUGUUGACAGUCGGCACCAAUGCUAUCUCAGCAUUCUUAAGUUGGAGGCUUUCUGAAAGCAAAUCCUGCCAUGUUACAAUGGUUUGGAGGUCCCAAGGAUCGAAUAUAAUGAAUGACGGCAUUCGUUUUCGUUCCAGUGUAUUUGGAGCCGUCAAGUGGAAACCAGAUGCAAAUGUAUCUACUAUCGAGGAGCUAGAGAAGGAAACCGAACCUUUUGAUUACAUUCUUUUAUGCGUCAAAGUACUACCUGAUGUCUACAGCCUGAAAAAUGUAGUCUCGAGUGUACUGACACCAGGACAUACAUGCAUUAUUCUCAAUACAACUUCUAUGAUAAACGUGGAACAGUAUCUUACCAAUACUUACCCCCGCAACCUGGUUUUGUCAUUUGUCACAGCGGACAAGUUUACUCAAAGAGGUCCCUUGCAGUUUGAACACAUCACGCCUGCAGAGUCAGCCGCAAAAAGCGUAGUGCAUGUGGGCUUAAGUGAGGAGAACAAAUGGAUCUCGCCGGAGACACAAAAUGAUAUCGUUAGCUCACUGGCACUUUCUUUUGAGGCAGGCGGGUUAGAAUGCAAAGUACAACACUCUAUUGGCAUUAAACAGUGGGAAACCGCUCUUGGCCACAUUGCCUUCUUUCCCCUGUCUGUCAUUGUGGAAGAACCAAACCUUGCUGCUCUGUACCGCACUCCACAUCUCGCCAAAGUUGUGGACGGACUGCUGGAGGAAGGAAUGAGCAUAGCAAAAGCACAGGGUUAUUCAGUUGUUUCGAAUACUCAGCUUGACGAGCAAUCGUUUCGGCGUCAACUUGUCAACCAGAUGCUUGCCUUACCAAAGCCCUCACAUUUUUAUCAAGAUUUUCUGUCUCUACGCCCCCUGGAGAUCGUAGUGUUGCUUGAGAACCCUAUAAAACUCGCUGAGAAGCUUCACGUGCCUGUACCACGAAUGGAAACUAUCUACGCUCUCCUUGAACUGAAAAACAAACGGAACAAACAAACCUCACCCACCCAGUCAGUCGUUUCUCUCAAGUACGCUUCCUCUCGUCGGAGCGUCCAGGGUAGCUUUGCUCCAUCUCCGCUUCAACACCCUUUGUCGAACAGAGGUUUGCGUAUGGCCAGUAUGGAUGACUUAACAUCUUCGCGACAUGUUACAGCUGCUGCUAAGCGGCCAAACCACCUCUACAGCAAAUCAAGUGUGUCUCUCACAAACUUAUCUCUCUCCCCAGAGUCCUCCUCGUCCGAGAAACUCUUCAACCGUCCGCGCAAAAACUCACAUAAUCCAUCACGGAAUUCCAUGUCACGACUACCUAACGCAAGCAGCAUUGACGACUUUGCCAAUCUUGUUCCUGACUUUGACGACAAUAGUUCCCCUCUUCAGCGUCCAAAGUCAUCCGCCUCUUUCAGGUCUGACCGAAGUCAGUCUAAAGAGUUUGACAUGCUUUCUGCAACUCAAAGAAUGCUUCGUCGACAUUCACCUUCAGACCAGCACAACAUGGACAAUGGAGGACGUCGAAACACGUGGACUGGACGGCCGCCCCCACCUUCAAUGAUCUCAGACCCUGUUGACCCAAUCAUAGAAGACGAGCUUGCUGCUUUCGGGUCAACGAGUCGCUACCCCUCGGCCGGUUCACCAACAUCCAAACGUUUCAACACGGCCAACUUCGACUCUCUCUCCCUCCAUGGUCAUACAGUGGCCCAUUAA